CAAAAAACAUAAAUGGCACAACAAAUUGAAAGAAAUCAGGAUGCCACUGUUUAUGUUGGAAACUUAGACGAACGGUGUACCGAAACCCUUGUAUGGGAGCUGAUGCUUCAGGCUGGGCCUGUUGUCAACGUUCAUUUGCCCAAAGAUCGCGUCACGCAAAGUCACCAAGGUUAUGGAUUUUGCGAGUUUAUGACAGAGGAAGACGCCGAUUACGCCAUUCGCAUUAUGAAUCAGAUCAAACUAUACGGAAAGCCAAUCAGAGUCAACAAGGCAACGUCAGAUAAGAAGAACUUGGAUGUUGGUGCCACGCUCUUUGUUGGCAAUCUUGAUCCAGACGUCGACGAAAAGAUGCUGUACGAUGUAUUCAGUGCAUUCGGUGUAAUUGUUCAGACUCCAAAGAUUGCUAGGGACGCAGAGACCGGCAACUUCAAGGGAUAUGGCUUCGUCACAUACGAUAACUUUGAUUCAUCUGAUGCUGCUAUAGAUGCCAUGAAUGGGCAAUACCUAAUGAAUAAGGAAGUCAACGUGUCCUAUGCGUUUAAGAAGGAUGGUAAAGGUGAACGUCACGGUUCUCAAGCGGAACGUUUGUUGGCAGCGCAGGCCAAGAAGAAUGCUCCUGCUUCAGCGUCAAUGUUUGGCGGCCCACCUGGAAUGGGAAGACCACCUAUGGGUAUGGCUGGAGGAAGACCUCCCCCGCCAAUGAAUGGAUUGCCAUCUGCGGUUCCUUAUAACUCGGUACCUACUACACAAGGUUACCGACCACCACCUCCACCUCCAAUGGGCGGUAAGUGAAUUUCCUUACAUGAAUGUUUUCCAUGCUCAUACUAAAUCGUAGUGUUUGCAGGCGCUGUUGGACGACCACCUUAUAUGGGUUAUGGUGGUCCAUCGCCUGGUGGCCCACCCGGUGGUGCAAAUUAUCGACCACCACAACCACCUUUUGGAGGUUAUCGACCACCACAAUAAAAUUCAUUUGUUCGUGAUAUCCAUUUCAUUGCAAGAUUAAUAAAAAUAAAACAGCCAUGUACUUAAAAA